AUGUCCAAGUACAAGAAAUUCGUUCUAAUCACUGGCGCCAACCAGGGCGUCGGUUAUGAAACCGCCAAGAAUUUACUUCUAUCAUCCGUUGAUUACCACGUCAUAAUUGGUAGUCGAGACGAAGCCAAAGGGGAGGCGGCAGCGACUGAACUUCGGUCGCUGGAAAACAUCAAAGGGACAGUCUCUAGUAUCCAAAUCGAUGUGACGGACGAUUCAUCUGUUGAUGCUGCAGCUCGCAAUCUCACUUCAGAAUGGGGUCGGUUGGAUAUCCUAGUCAACAACGCUGGUAUCGUCUCCAUGGCCAGCCCCCCAACUCGUGAAGUAUUCCGUACCGUUCUCGAAACCAAUCUCAUAGGAGCCCUCAGCGUUACUGAAGCUUUUCUUCCUCUCCUUCGAAAAGCUGAACACCUGCCUCCACGCCUCCUAUUCGUCACUUCAAGCACAGGGUCCAUCACUCACGCUGCCAACCCGGACUCGCCAUACUACAAUCCCUAUGCCACCGAGUAUCGAGCUAGCAAAGCUGGCCUGAAUAUGCUUAUGGCGAUGUAUUAUGCUCGACUCAGACCAGAUGGCUUUUUGGUUUUUAGCGUGGAUCCAGGGCUAUGCGCAACCAACUUUACGCACGAUGCCGAGUCCCUUAGACAGCGAGGGGCGGCCGAACCAUCUGAUGGAGGAGAACGAGUGGCUUGUGUUGUCAGAGGCGAAAAGGAUAAAGAUGUUGGGAAUGUGAUAGGAAUUCAGGGCGUUGUCCCAUGGAUUAUGGUUCUAACGUGGUUCGUCACCGGCUGCUCUAGCGGCUUUGGCGAGUCCUUUGUUCGUCAACUUCGUGCUGCAGGUGACAACGUUAUAGCAACAGGACGAAAUGCCCAGACAAAGCUUUCUCAUUUGGAAGACACUGGUGCAGCAAUUAUGGACCUUGAUGUUGCAGCACCCCCUGGAGUCAUCAAGGCCAAGAUAGACGAGGCCUGGGGUAUUUACAACGGAAUCAACGUGGUCGUAAACAACGCCGGUUUUAUUCUCAGUGGACCCUUUGAAGAGCAGAGAAAGUCAGGAACAUUGCUUUAUGUCAGUUCUCAAGCUGCUUGGCACUCUGAUCCCGGCGCGUCCAGUUACUGCGCCAGCAAGUUCGCAUUAGAAGGUGCCGUGGAAUGUCUCGCGAAAGAACUCGCUAUAGUAGCACCAACCCUGACGGUCCUCAUUGUUGAGCCAGGAUACUGUCGUACGCCCGUCUUUGACAAAGUGCAGUAUGUUACAGGGAGUGUGCCCGACUACUCUCAGUUCAACGAAGCAGUUCGAGGUGGUGUGGCUACGUUGUCAGCGACAUCUCCGGGGAAUCCAGAUAUGGCAGUUGCUCGAAUGAUUGAGUUGGCGAAGGGGACUGGGUUUGCAGAGGGAAAAACGAUGCCUCUGCGCAUACCACUAGGUUCAGACUGCUGGGAGAGAAUUAAGGCAAAGUGUGAAGAGACAUUGGAGAUAUGCAACGAGUGGGAGGGUGCAGCGAGGAGUAUUGACUAUAAGAUAGAAGCAUAA